AUGAGCACUGCCGGCAUGACGUGCCCGGACAGCUCGAGCCAGCGGCCCACUACGGGCGCGCCGGUCACCACGCAGCCGGCGACGACAGCAGAGCCCACAACCGUUUCGACCACUCGGCCGGCCUCAACUACAACUGAGCCAGCUUCAACCACUGCAGCGAGCACAACCGCACCUGCCCCUGCCACGACCGCGGCCACAACGACCGUCGCUGCCACGACCACAACCACCCGCGCCACAGGCAGGGGGGGUGCUUGCGUUCGCAACCCGAGCUGCGAUGGAAAUCCUUGGUGUGACAACAUGGACUAUGUGACGUGGUGCCCGAACAACGCAGGGAGCUGCCCUUCACCGAUGUGCAUGCGCCGCGGUGCCACCACCACCGUCACCACCGGCGGAACUGAGACCACGGUCAGCGCCACCAUGCCGGCAACGACUGUCACUACGCCGCCCAGCGCAUGUACUGCAACAGCGGAGGCCGAAGCGGGGGGCUUCGGUGCAAGCGACGCAGACCCUAAGUUUUCUGCCUCGAGGCUUGCACUGCAGCUUGCCAGCGCCUCCCCAGCGGUAUGUGGCCCUGCGGCGACGGAGGUCUAUGCGUUUGCUGAACAGAUCUCGGCGCGCUUCUGUGCUGAGCUCGGCAUGGGUGAUCUCGGAAUUCAUCGCAAGUUUGCAUUGCUGCAGCGAGCUGCGAACAGGGCUGCAGCGGCCCUCAACAAUCCCACGGAUUACGACUGCAUCAUCCUGGUGCGCUCCCUCGCGGACUUCGCAAAGGAGAAGCGCAUUUGGCUCCUGCGGUCCUUGUGCUCCGACUUUGCUCCCCAACAGUGCCAGGACGUGCGCAUCAUCUCGGUAGUGGGGCUGUUCAACAAGGGGAAAACUUUUCUCCUCAACAAGCUCUUUGGACUCCGCCUGCCUUCUGGCAAGACUCAGGUGACCCAAGGCUUGUCGUGUGUGUAUCUGAAAGAGCGGCGUAUGCUACUGAUCGACUCCCCCGGUGUGCAGUCCACCGUGAAUCACAAAUCGGACAGCAUCGACCGGGUUGUGGACGCCCAAACUACGGAAGCUUUCCUGUUCGAGCUGGUGUCGCAGCUAUCUGAUCACAUCAUUUUCGUGGUGAACGAUUUCACCUCGUUCGAGCAGAAGAACAUCCAGAUCUUUGAGCGGAAAGAAGAAAGUCGCGCUCGCGACAAGCCUGUGCGGGAGCUCGUCGUCGUACAUAACCUGGCAACUACGCAGGACCCCGGCGAAGCAGAACACCUCUUCAACCAGCAAAUCACGUCGAAGUACGAUGGAGUGGAGAGCCACUUGGGCAAUCUCUUCUAUACGGCCAGACGCAAUCCUCCCGUACAUCACUUCGCCAUCUGCAAGGAUGGUACUCGAGCAGGGGCCAAAUUCAACCCGAACAAUAUCCGCCUCCUUCUAGAUCACCUAGAGCAUGCAAAGAAGCUUCCCGAGAGAGUCGUGCUGAAAGGCCUCAUCCGGGAUAAGUUGGAUGGUCUACUGCCCCGGUUUCUCAUGAUGGGCUCGGGCGAUGCUGGUGGACGGAAGGUGGAGUAUUGUGAGGCCAGUGGCGGGCAAGAGGAUGGCGCCUUCCAUGUUAGCUGCGAGAUGGAUGUCAUCAAGAAGGAGGGCGUGAUCUCUGACUUGGGCGAGGUGAUCUCGCAUGACAAGUCCUUCAGCCCGGAGCCUAUGAUCUUUGACCAAACGUCCGACGAGUAUCGGAUUCGUACCAUCCUUUUCGAGUGUCCAGGUGUGCUGCCCAAAGACGUGACUUGGGACCAGACAGGCGAGGGGCUCACGAUCCGCAUAGAGAAGAGGAAGUUGAUCGACGAGGGAAAGGUCACAGCCAUCUCGGGCAUGCGGCAGCAGUCUGGCAUCUUCGAGAGGAACUUCCGAUUCGCAGAUGGGCCUUUCGAGAUCGCCGAGGAUGAGUGCAACUUAGAGCAUGGGGUCUUAAGGCUGACGUUGAAAAAGUGCCUCAUUAACAAGCGCGGAGGUCUGCAGAGCAUCCAGGAGUCGCGGGUCCUGGGAUACAGCCACGAGACGACCUCCUUGCCUUCGGAGGCGGAGGGGCUUCGGCAUGCCCCAGUGCCAUCCGAUGCCGAUGCCCACCCAAGCACACAAGUUUCGCUGGCUGGCAAGACCAGUGAAGGCUUCCAACUGGUGAAGCCGACUGCUGGACACUGCCUGACGCCGGAGUCCUUCGUGCUGACACCCGCCGGUGCGCAGAGUGCCGGUUCACAUCACCAGGAUACAGACGUCAAGUCUGUGAUGCUGGAGACAGCUGGGGAAGAUGAUGCCGACGAUGCCCAGUGGGAGGAGCUCAAGUGGAGCGACGGUGAGUUUUGUGUCACAGCCGACCACUCGCCUUACGAGCAUCAAUUGCUCGUUGUUCCUGCUCCGGCCCCUGCUACACUCGCCUCGUCUUACUUGCGCUUGGCGGAGGUUAUUCAAUGCAAAGUGUACCAGGCUGUUCAGGAUGUGAUUGAGAUCGAGAUGGCUUUCCCGGCAAGCACACUGCUCGCUUCCAGCAUGUCCCCGCAGGGGCCUUUCGUGACGGUCUUCGGAAAGCAGCCAUGCAAUUCCUGUUUCGACACUAUUAUGGUCAUGGAGUUGUCCCGCCUCCCCGCUGCCUUGCCGGAAGUCUUCCAAGAAAGCGAAUGUCUCCAAGCAUGUCGGUCUCUUGCAGGAGAAGCCGAGCUGGAAAGCGGGACAUUUCUGUUUCUGGUGCCGCACCACUUGCAGAUCGUCCGCAAUCUGCUGGAUGUGGGGAGGCUUAGAAGCUUGCUCAAGGGCCGUCACAUUAUCCUGAGCGCCGAAUACAAGGAGGAGAUUCAGCGACUGGUGCGCAGCCUGCCUCGUAAGCACAAGGUCCAGGUGACUUGGUGCAAGAGUAUCGUGGAGGUGUGCCAAUUCUUCCAACCAGAGCGCGACAUGCCUGGUGAGAGGCUCGUGCAGCGGAGGACCUUUGUCAACAUGGAGCCUGAGCCCAGCGUCGUGCCCACAACGGUGUCCACGACCGAGCUCAGCACCGUGAGGGCCCUGAAGCGGCGCCUCCAGAGCCUCUGCGGCCUUCCCCGAUUUCGGCAACGGCUCCUGCAUGGCGGGCGAGAUCUGGAUGACAGCGUGGGCCUGGAGUCGCCCUUGGAUCUGCAGCUGGUGCUGCUCAGCCUCAUCGAUGCUUCCGACUUCCAGCAAGGGGAGUUGGAGGAUGCCAUCAGCUUUGGUUCCUUGGAUCCGGGUGUGGACUUCCGCGUCCUGUUUAUAGGCUCCGCUGCGCAAGUCGAAGCGAUCCUCCAGCGGCCUCAGGAUCCGGGCUCCUGCGAGGGUCGGAACAUGCCGCUCUGCAAGGCAGCAGCCGGGGGCCACCUAGAGAUUGCGCGCCUGCUGGUAGAGGCGAAGGCCGAGCCGGAUGCCCAGGAGAAGCGCAUCGCGGGUGAUCCGACGCCUCUGAUGCUUGCGUGCUUUUCCGGCAGAAUCGAGGUCCUACGCUUCCUGUUGGAGGCCGGGGCCAGCCCGGACAGGUGCUGCGAGGAGAACGUCUCCUCGCUCUUCGUGGCAGCCAAUGUGGGCCACUUGGAAGUCGUGCGACUGCUUCUUGGGUCGCGUGCUGACACGGACCCCAAGGACCUGCUGGGCAGAACACCUCUUUGGACGGCUUGCGCCAAGGGGCACGCCCAGAUUGUGGCGAUGCUCCUGAAAGCGGGCGCUGACAAGGAAGUGCGCGACUGCUACGGCCGAACACCUCUCUGGGCCGCCUGUAACAACCAACGUCUGGAGGUCGUUGGCCGCUUGUUGAGGGCCUCUGCCAAGCCGAGCAUAAGGGACAAACAUGGAAAGUCCAUUCUUUCGGCAGCUGCUGGCAACCCCGCUAUUCUGCGCUUGCUGGCGACCUACAGAUGGUCUCGGACACCUUGCACGCUGGGCGAUGCGAGCCUCGAGGAGGCGGAGGAGAUUUUUACCGACGUCCAGCUGCGGAAGGCAGACCCCAACAAGGCUUACAAUUCGUCGCACUUCAAUGCCUCCCCGUUCGAGGUGGGCUUUGUGGCUUCCAUGCUUGCCUCGAUGACAGGGGCAAGCCUGGAGCUUUCUGGCAUCAGAUUCCUGCUGUUUAGCUUCAAGAUGCAGAGUCUGGGCCGCAAGCGCGGGAUGUUUGAAGAGCCAGACAUGUUGGCGAAACGAAAGUGGAUUAGUGAACCAGCCAUGCUCAACAUGGCUCGCGUUUUUCUGGCGCUGUGCAGUCCGUCUCUGCUGGGCGCUGUGCGUGACCUGCAGGCCGACGGUAAGAAUUACCGCAUGAAGUUCGAGAUCCCUUCCCAUGCUGAGCCUUUCCAGGAAGCUAAGUGCUUUGUUGGGAGAUGGGAUGGGCAGGUCUCCGACCGGACGCGCAAGCUGCGGGUGCUCAGCCGCUGCAAUUUGUUGCAACGCGAUCCUGCACAGGAGAGGGCGUCCCUCCAGGAAGUCCUGUCGAAGCUCGGCCACGCGUCGGAGGUGCCGGAAGAGUACUGUGUUGGUUGGGAUGUUAUCGUCUGCGGCCGAGGCUGCGUAAGGGGCAUCCGCCUGUCGGGCCAAGGCCUGGACGGCCAGGUGCCCCAACAGCUGGAGAAGCUGCGUGGACUGAAAAAGCUAUACUUAAACUACAACCCACAGCUCGCAGGGAGCUUGCAUGAUUUCCAACACCUGAGACACUUGCAGAUCCUGAAUCUGGGUCACUCUGCAAUCACCGGGAAGCUCGAGGACCUGCAAAACAUGACUGACCUGGAACAUCUGGAACUGGACCACACCGCAAUCACCGGGAAGCUCGAGGACCUGCAGAAUAUGACUGGCCUGCAAAGCUUGAAUCUGGGUCACACUGCAAUCACCGGGAAGCUCGAGGACCUGCAGAAUAUGACUGGCCUGCUGUGGUUGUAUCUGGAUCACACUGCAAUCACUGGGAAGCUCGAGGACCUGCAAAACAUGACUGGCCUGGGAUAUCUGGAACUGGACCACACCGCAAUCAAUGGGAAGCUCGAGGACCUGCAGAAUAUGACUGGCCUGCGCCGCUUGAACCUGGGUCACACUGCAAUCACCGGGAAGCUCGAGGGCCUGCAGAAUAUGACUGGCUUGCGGUGGUUGUAUCUUGAUCACACUGCAAUCACUGGGAAGCUCGAGGACCUGCAGGCUCUGACACCAUUAAUGGACCUGCAUCUGACCGGGACAGAUGUCUCCGGAGAUCUUCGCGCGUUACACAGCCGAAAGCUCGAGCAGGUCCACCUGGCCCGCACCAAGGUGACCGGGCGCAUUGAGUCGAAAUUGCUGUACAACCUGAAAAUCCUGGACCUGACGGGCAGCAAGGCCGCCUUUGUUCCUAAUGCAGAGGCCGAUCUGAAAGCUUUGACGAUCCUCAGCGUCUCAGGCUGCCCCUUGGACCGGCCGGCAGAGGAUUUCUUGAUGCUGUUGGGGGACAUGUAUAGCUUGGCCCGAGUGGACGCGGCAGGCUGCAACCUCACGGGCAACUUGCGUUCCCAUUUCAGUGGGGCGCUCCAGCUGCUGGACCUGUCCAGAAACCGCAUCGAGGAAGUCAUGGACGUUCCCGCUGGUAGCCUCUUAUCCCUCGCCGAGAACGAGCUGCCCUUGAGUUUCAAAAGAGGGGUUCUGACGCAAGCCUUCGAUCGCGGGAUCCGGUUGGACCUCACGAACGUAGACCUUGCCGACAAGGAGGAAGCACGGGAGCUCCUCAGGCAGGGGAAGGUGAGACCAACGCCAAAACGAGUGGCAGAUGACGAAGACCACGGCUUCAGCUGCUAUGGCUUGGAGGAUGGACCGCUGGACGUCACUCCUUCCUUGUUCCUUCCCGAACUAUGUGGGUGCCUGCCCGGGUGGCAAGGGAAUCAGAUCGCCUGCGCGAAAUGCAGCGCUGGCAGUUUCAACCCCGACUUCAACCGGUCCGAGUGCACUGCCUGCCCUGCGAACAGCAGCCACACAGACUACGGAGCCGUGACCAUGCAGAGUUGCCGCUGCGACGUUGGGAGGAUCUUCGACGAUGAUCACGGCAAGCCCAGAUGCAUGUGCGAAGCGCAUACUGCCCUUUUCCGGGGCUCUUGCGUGGACUGCCUCGAGCUUCACCUGGACAGCCCGUAA